GCCCCAGCCCUAGCCCGAGCGCGCCCACCUGAGGCCCCGCGCCCACCUGAGCCAGCGCCAUGGCGGAGCAGGAGAGCCUUGAGUUUGGCAAGGCGGACUUCGUGCUGAUGGACACCGUCUCCAUGCCCGAGUUCAUGGCCAACCUUAGGCUCAGAUUUGAGAAAGGACGCAUCUACACAUUCAUUGGAGAAGUGGUCGUUUCUGUGAACCCAUACAAGGCUCUGAACAUCUAUGGGAGGGACACAAUUGAGCAGUAUAAAGGUCGUGAGCUGUAUGAGAGGCCGCCUCAUCUUUUCGCUAUUGCUGAUGCUGCUUACAAGGCUAUGAAGAGGCGAUCAAAAGACACCUGUAUUAUGAUAUCAGGGGAGAGUGGAGCCGGUAAGACGGAGGCCAGCAAGUACAUCAUGCAGUAUAUUGCUGCCAUCACCAACCCCAGCCAGAGAGCAGAGAUAGAGAGAGUGAAGAAUAUGUUGCUGAAGUCAAACUGUGUUUUGGAAGCUUUUGGAAAUGCCAAAACCAAUCGUAAUGACAAUUCGAGCAGGUUUGGGAAAUACAUGGAUAUCAACUUUGACUUCAAGGGAGACCCCAUUGGGGGACAUAUUAAUAACUACUUGCUGGAAAAGUCUCGUGUGAUUGUGCAGCAGCCGGGAGAACGAAGCUUCCAUUCCUUCUAUCAGCUACUCCAGGGAGGUUCUGAGCAGAUGCUACACUCUCUACGCCUGCAGAAAUCACUCUCAUCCUACAACUACAUCCGUGUGGGGGCACAACUGAAGUCUUCCAUCAAUGACGCUGCAGAGUUCAAAGUCGUAGCUGAUGCCAUGAAAAUAAUUGGAUUCAAACCUGAGGAGAUUCAAACCGUGUAUAAAAUUUUGGCUGCAAUUCUUCACUUGGGAAAUUUAAAAUUUAUAGUAGAUGGUGACACGCCACUUAUUGAGAAUGGCAAGGUUGUGUCUGUCAUAGCAGAAUUGCUCUCUACUAAGACAGACAUGGUGGAGAAAGCCCUUCUUUACCGGACGGUGGCCACAGGCCGUGACAUCAUCGACAAACAGCACACGGAACAGGAAGCUAGCUACGGCAGAGACGCCUUUGCCAAGGCGAUAUAUGAGCGUCUUUUUUGUUGGAUUGUUACUCGCAUCAAUGACAUCAUUGAGGUCAAGAACUACGACACCACAAUCCACGGGAAGAACACGGUUAUCGGUGUCUUGGAUAUCUAUGGGUUUGAAAUCUUUGACAACAACAGCUUCGAACAGUUCUGCAUUAACUACUGCAACGAGAAACUGCAGCAGCUAUUUAUUCAGCUGGUUCUGAAGCAGGAGCAAGAGGAGUACCAGCGGGAAGGCAUCCCUUGGAGACACAUCGAUUACUUCAACAACCAGAUCAUCGUGGACCUCGUGGAGCAGCAGCACAAAGGCAUCAUUGCCAUCCUGGAUGACGCUUGCAUGAACGUUGGCAAAGUCACUGAUGGAAUGUUCCUUGAGGCCCUGAACAGUAAACUGGGCAAACAUGGUCAUUUUUCCAGCCGAAAGACCUGUGCCUCAGACAAAACCCUAGAGUUUGACCGGGACUUUCGAAUCCGGCAUUACGCAGGUGAUGUGAUAUACUCUGUCAUUGGUUUUAUUGACAAAAAUAAAGAUACUUUAUUUCAAGAUUUCAAGCGUCUCAUGUAUAACAGUUCAAAUCCUGUGCUGAAGAACAUGUGGCCUGAAGGCAAACUGAGCAUUACAGAGGUGACCAAGAGGCCACUGACUGCUGCCACCUUGUUUAAGAAUUCUAUGAUUGCUUUAGUAGACAACCUUGCUUCAAAGGAGCCAUACUAUGUACGUUGCAUCAAACCCAAUGACAAGAAGUCCCCACAGAUAUUUGAUGACGAGCGAUGCCGCCAUCAAGUGGAAUAUCUUGGACUACUGGAGAACGUGAGAGUGCGCCGGGCAGGGUUUGCCUUCCGCCAGACCUAUGAGAAGUUCCUUCACAGGUACAAGAUGAUCUCUGAGUUCACCUGGCCUAACCAUGACCUUCCUUCAGACAAAGAGGCUGUCAAGAAACUCAUAGAACGAUGUGGCUUUCAGGAUGACGUAGCUUAUGGGAAAACCAAAAUUUUCAUUCGAACACCCCGUACACUGUUCACCUUGGAAGAGCACCGUGCCCAGAUGCUUGUCAGGGUUGUCCUCUUUCUACAAAAGGUGUGGCGUGGCACUCUGGCCCGCAUGCGGUACAAGAGGACCAAGGCAGCUUUAACAAUCAUCAGGUACUACCGGCGCUACAAAGUGAAGUCGUACAUCCAUGAGGUAGCUAGACGCUUCCACGGCGUCAAGAGCAUGAGAGACUACGGGAAGCAUGUGAAGUGGCCGGCCCCACCCAAAGUCCUGCGGCGUUUCGAGGAGGCCCUGCAGUCGAUUUUCAAUAGAUGGAGAGCGUCCCAACUCAUCAAGACCAUACCUGCAUCAGACCUUCCCCAGGUCAGGGCAAAGGUUGCUGCCAUGGAGAUGCUGAAAGGUCAAAGGGCAGACCUUGGGCUCCAGAGGGCCUGGGAAGGCAACUAUCUUGCUUCGAAGCCAGACACGCCCCAGACCUCAGGCACUUUCGUCCCAGUUGCUAAUGAACUGAAACGCAAGGACAAAUAUAUGAAUGUUCUCUUUUCUUGUCAUGUCCGAAAGGUAAAUCGAUUUAGUAAAGUAGAAGACCGAGCAAUUUUUGUCACUGACCGUCACCUGUAUAAAAUGGACCCCACUAAGCAGUACAAGGUGAUGAAGACUAUCCCUCUGUAUAAUUUGACUGGUCUAAGUGUCUCCAAUGGGAAGGACCAGCUUGUGGUGUUCCACACAAAAGACAACAAAGACCUCAUUGUCUGCCUCUUCAGCAAGCAGCCACCCCACGAGAGUCGAAUUGGAGAACUUGUUGGAGUCCUGGUGAAUCAUUUCAAGAGUGAGAAGCGCCACCUUCAAGUGAACGUCACGAACCCAGUGCAGUGCAGCCUCCAUGGGAAGAAGUGCACCGUCUCUGUGGAGACACGGCUUAACCAGCCACAGCCUGACUUCACCAAGAACCGCUCAGGCUUCGUCCUCAGUGUGCCGGGGAACUGACUGCUGAACACCGGAGGCCCGGCCCAGGGGAGCAAGAGUCUGAGCCUGGCACGAGGCAGGCCCGGCCCUCAGCCUCUCCAUCCCCACACGUGUUCCACCCUGCUCAGCAUCCCAAGAGCCCAGCUGAUUGCUGUUUGCCCUCUAAUGCCACUAGAAAUCAGCUUGCAAUGGCCUCCACUGGCCAGGGCUGCUCUGCCUUCUCCGAGGCCCUGCUCAGGAGGCGUCCUACCUGGCUUUCUGCCCCGCCUCAGUUCUCUCAAUUUCCCAUAGUCCCUGCUCAGGAAACCAAGGACCCUCUUCAGCAUCCUGCGCUGACAGCUAGACCACUUCUCACCUCACAAGCAACUGGAUGGUACCCAUAGUUGGCAAAGGGCCAGUGGCCACUGCUGACCCCAGCAAAGGGAUGGGAGGGACAGAGCCCAGGACCGUUUCUCCAGCCUUCUCCACUUUUCCAUUCCCCUUGAGGUUUGGAUCCAACAUCCAUGGGCAGAGGACUUAGCCCUGCUCUGUGGCCCCAACCUGAUGCCUCCCUUCCCCGACGUGAGUACAGCCCUUGGGACCUAGCUCAGCGGCCCCCAGCACAAGCCCUACCCGCACAGCCAAAGGCACCAGGUGAACAGGUUCAUCUGUGGAGCCCAACACUCAGCCAGGAUCAGCCAGGAUCCCUCCUUCCCAGAGCCUGUCUCUGGGAAAUCUUUUGUCACCAAGGUUCCAGGUUUGGACUUUCUGACCACUUCUCCUACAGAGACCCCCUGCUGCGACUCCAAGGACCGGUUUGUUCAA